GUGGAGAAGGAAUUGCACCGAGUUGGAGGGAGAUUUGAGUUUAGUCUUUCGGCUAAACGCGAUGGAGUUCGGCCCCGACAUCCAGAAAGUCCCCAAAGGAUUCCUCUGUAAACUCUGCGAUGUUAAAACCCCGAACGAGCCGAGUUUGGACGCCCACCUAAAGGGGAAGAAACAUCAGCACUUGUGUCGGCUGCGAGCGAAGAGGGAGGCGCAGCAGGAGAGCACCGUCUACGUCAGCGGCUUUCAGCCCGACACAUCUGCCGGCGCGCUGGAGGAAUAUUUCCAGCAGUUUGGACCCGUGGCCGAGGUCAUCAUGGACAAGGAGCGGGGUCUGUAUGCCUUAGUGGAGUUUGCGGAGACUGCAGGCACCAAGGCGACGUUGGCGCAGCUGCAGCAUUGUCUGAAUGGACUGAAGCUCCGUGUGAAACCCAGAGAGAGGAAGAACUUCAAGUUGGCCAGCAAGGAGAGGCAGAACCAGACCAAACCUCACAUCAGCCUGGAGAAACUCAGCUUCAAUCUGUGUCUCGCAUCUUCUGUAAAUGAGCAGAUGCAGAAGAUGGUGGAGAUCUUCCAGUUGAACGAGAACGAAAGUAAAGCCAGGCAGCUCCUCCUCGACGUCCUGCAAGAGGUCUUUAUCGAGUUCCUUCCAGAUUGUCAGAUCGUCCCCUUCGGCUCGUCUGUGAACACGUUCGGUGUCCAUUCGUGUGACCUGGAUCUCGUCUUGGACCUAGAGAACACCAAAGCGUUCCAGAACCACAACCGGAAGUGUGAGCAGCAGGGGGGCGACACCCAGUCGGAGGGCGGCCGUUCGGAGGACUCCAUCCUGUCCGACAUCGACCUGACCACGGCCUCCCAGGACGAGCUGCUGGAGCUGGUGGCGACUAUUCUGAGGAAGUGUACACCCGGAGUGUUUAAGGUCCAUGCGGUGAACAGUGCGCGCCUCCCGGUGGUCAAGUUCAGCCAUCGUCAGCUCAAUCUGCAGGGGGACAUUACCAUCAACAACAGGUUGGCGGUCAGAAACACGCGUUUCCUGCAGCUGUGCUCGGGCCUUGACUCCAGAGUCCGUCCUCUGGUUUACUCUGUACGAUUCUGGGCCAAGCAGAAACAAAUCGCAGGGAAUCUGUCUGGAGGCGGGCCGCUGUUGAACAACUACGCACUGACGCUGCUGGUCUUAUUCUACCUGCAGUCCCUCAGUCCACCUGUCCUGCCUUCUGUGGAGCAGCUCAAGGAAAUGGCAUGUGAGGAGGAACAGUGCGUCAUUGACGGGUGGGACUGUACCUUCCCGAGUCAGCCGUUCAGAGUGCCUCCUAGUAAAAACACAGACGAUCUGUGUACUUUACUUUUCGGAUUCUUUACCUACUACUCCACGUUAGAUUUUCCUGGAUCGGUGAUAUCUCUGAGAGCGGGGCGUGUUCUUCCCAUCACAGAUUUUCUGAGCAGAGAAGAAGAGAUGCCUGAUGCUGCAGAGAGCUCAGACGCCACCAGACAGAAAACAAUACGCCCUAAACUGGGACCUGUAAACAUCCUGGACCCGUUUGAACUCAACCAUAACGUCGCCGGCAACCUCACUGAGCGAACACACAGGAAUCUUCGCAGGGAAUUGUGCGAAGCUGAAAAGUAUUGCCGAAGUUCGAGGUACCAGCGCAAGUCGUCCAAGGGGAAGUCCUGGGGGAUAGCAAAGCUUUUCGCACCUCUUCUCGAGGGUCAGGACAGUGCAGGAAAAGUACCAGAGAUCAGCAUCGCGUUCAGGGCAGACACUUUGACAGAUUCUUUCCGUGCAGAGCUAAGUUCAGCAGGAGAGACGUUCCGAGUCCUUUGGUUUAAGAAGGUUUGCUCCGCCUUAGAGGUGGUAUUUAAAGAGAUCCUUAAGUGUACACCUUCAGACCAGGUCGAGAUCCUUCAAGAUCAAGCCAGAGAGGAGGAAGUGAACAACAACAAUGAGAGUCUUGACAGUUCCAGUGAUCAGCUUGCAGGUCCUUCUGGGAUAAAGAGACCCCUGUCUGUAGAGGAAGGGCCAUCCUGCAGUUCCUCCUCACCCCAGGGGAAGAGGAUGAAACUGGAAGGUUCGGCAGAUCGUCCAGAGGCGUCUCAUUGGAUCUGGACUCAGAGACACCUGGUGUGGGCCGGUCGCCGUAAGAUCCGCAGGAUCUUACUCAAAACAAGUGACGAGACCUCCAAGCCUGAAGGGGGCUGCAGCAGCAUCGAGAGCAGGGUGACGCAGUACAUCAUAGAGAACGACCCGGACCCCAAAGAGGAGCUGAAGUUUAGCAUGGACGCCGUGGUCGCUGGCAGUGAUGAUUGCACCAAGGCUGUGCUCAAGUUUAAAGCCACCAGUGAUCCCGCGGGACAUUUUCAGGACUUCUAUCACUUUCUUGAUUGUUUUUUGCCCAAGAUGGUGGAAACGUUAUUGGCGAAAUCAGAAUAGUUUUGUCUUUUUUUUUUUUUCUCCUUCCUGCACGUUUUUGAAAUAAGUGUUUGCUUUUGUGAUGGAAAUGGCGUUGAUAACUCUAUUUGUAUGCAGAGGCAAUAAUUAACAAAAAUUUUUCCUGUUAAUUAAUUCUGUUACUUUAUUUCUUUGUUUGUACUUGUACAAUAAUUUCUUGCGAUUGGUCUUUUAUUUUACCGUUAAUUCAUGCUUAAAUAGAAAUAAGUUUGGUAUAAAAUAGUUUAUGGUAUGUUUUGGUUUGUUCAUUGUUUAAAAAAAAAAAAAAGUUAAGUGCAGGUUAUUAAAAAAUAAAGCUACCAGUUUAUUGUCUGUAUAUUCUGUUUAAGACAUGUUUUUAGACAUUUGAGAGGUUUUAUUUAAUAAUAAACAUGUUACGAAGGUGAGUUGAAAAAUGGAAGCAAAACAUAUUCAUACUUUGUUUUUUUUUUGACUCACUGGAUUCUUUUGGUCCAGACUGAGAUUCAUUCCGCUCUUAUUCAGCAGAUCAUUAUUUGACUCAUUAAAUUGUUUCAGAUAUUGUGA